CCGGCUGCUGGUGCAGCAGUGGCAGAGGGAGCGGGUGCUGCUGCUUCCGGACCUCCUGCUUCGGAGUCUACUCCUGGUCUCCGGGUGGGGAGGUGGGACGUGGCCAGGCCAGGGUUGUGGAAGUGCGCAGUGCCCGCUGCGGCUUGGGGAGAAUUGAGGCUGCGGCCUGUCAGAGCCAGUCAGGGAGGCGCCCACAGUCCUGACAGGAUAAGAUGGCGGCGAUGGCGCCUGGAGGUGGUAGCAGCGGCGGCGGCGGUGUGAAUCCAUUCCUCAGCGACUCGGACGAGGACGACGACGAGGUAGCGGCGACCGAGGAGCGGCGGGCAGGACUUCGGCUGGGUUCCGGGAGCGGCCUAGAUCCUGGCUCUGCAGACUCGCUGUCGCCCCAGGAUCCCGUGGCCUUAGGGAGCAGUGCGCGGCCAGGGCUCCCUGGGGAGGUGUCGGCGGCUGCGGUGGCACUGGGGGGCUCUGGGGAGACCCCUGCCCGCUUGUCCAUUGAUGCGAUCGCGGCUCAGCUGUUGCGCGAUCAAUACUUGCUGACCGCCCUGGAGCUGCACACCGAACUGUUAGAGAGCGGCCGCGAGCUGCCUCGGCUGCGCGACUACUUCUCCAACCCAGGCAACUUCGAGAGGCAGAGUGGGACCCCGCCGGGGAUGGGGGCGCCGGGGAUCCCUGGAGCGGCCGGCAUUGGAGGCGCAGGAGGUCGGGAACCGAGUACGACGUCUGGCGGGGGACAGCUCAAUCGAGCUGGGAGCAUCAGUACUCUUGAUUCUUUAGACUUUGCAAGAUAUUCAGAUGAUGGGAACAGGGAAACAGAUGAAAGAGUGGCAGUCCUGGAGUUUGAACUACGGAAAGCCAAGGAGACCAUUCAGGCCCUCCGAGCCAACCUGACAAAGGCUGCAGAACACGAAGUUCCUUUACAGGAACGAAAAAAUUACAAAUCAAGUCCUGAAAUUCAGGAACCAAUCAAACCUCUUGAAAAGAGAGCUCUAAACUUCUUAGUCAAUGAAUUUUUAUUGAAGAAUAACUACAAGCUUACAUCAAUAACCUUUUCAGAUGAAAAUGAUGAUCAGGAUUUUGAACUAUGGGAUGAUGUAGGACUAAACAUUCCAAAACCUCCAGACUUACUGCAACUCUACCGAGAUUUUGGAAAUCAUCAAGUGACUGGGAAGGAUCUUGUGGAUGUGGCCAGUGGUGUAGAGGAAGAUGAAUUAGAGGCUCUUACACCAGUUUUAGGCAACCUUCCUCCAAGCCUUGAAACGCCUCAGACUGUAGAGAACUCCUUGCUAGUACAGAAAUUAGAAGAUAAAAUUAGUUUAUUAAAUAGUGAGAAAUGGUCUUUGAUGGAGCAAAUCAGAAGACUUGAAAGUGAAAUGGACUUUCUCAAAAAUGAACACUUUGCCAUCCCAGUAGUUUGUGACUCUGUUCAACCUUCUUUGGAUCAUAAAGACUCUGAAGACAGUGGACAGAAUCCAGUUAUAAAUAGUUCAGACAAUGAAAAAGACAAGGAUAUCCAUCUCUCAAAAUCAGAUGAAGUUGAUUCCACUGUUCCCAAGGAGAAUUUCUCAAAUUCUGUCCCCAGAAGAGAAAGAGAAGAAACACCAUCUUCUUCUCCAUCAAGUAAAAACACAGUCCAUUUUGAUAAACCCAAUAGGAAAUUGUCUCCCGCUUUCCACCAAGCUCUACUCUCUUUUUGUCGAAUGUCAGCAGAUAGUCGCUUAGGAUCAGAGGUGUCGCGGAUUGCAGACAGUGAGAAGAGUGUCAUGUUAAUGCUGGGACGCUGCCUGCCGCACAUUGUCCCUAACGUGCUGUUGGCAAAGAGAGAGGAGUUGAUCCCCCUCAUACUGUGCACAGCAUGCCUACAUCCUGAGCCUAAAGAAAGAGAUCAGCUUCUCCAUAUACUCUUUAAUUUGAUCAAGAGGCCAGAUGAUGAGCAGAGGCAGAUGAUACUGACAGGUUGUGUAGCAUUUGCACGCCAUGUUGGACCAACACGUGUAGAAGCUGAACUUUUACCACAGUGCUGGGAACAGAUUAACCACAAAUACCCAGAAAGACGACUACUUGUGGCGGAAUCCUGUGGAGCAUUGGCCCCUUACCUUCCUAAAGAAAUCCGUAGCUCCUUGGUUCUCUCAAUGUUGCAACAAAUGUUAAUGGAAGAUAAGGCGGACUUAGUAAGAGAAGCUGUGAUCAAAAGCCUUGGAAUCAUUAUGGGAUACAUUGAUGAUCCAGACAAAUACCAACAGGGUUUUGAAUUGUUGCUGUCAGCCUUGGGUGAUCCCUCAGAAAGAGUAGUUAGUGCAACACAUCAAGUAUUUUUACCAGCCUAUGCUGCCUGGACUACAGAACUUGGAAAUUUACAGUCUCAUCUUAUACCUACAUUGCUGAACAAGAUAGAAAAACUUCUCAGGGAAGGCGAGCACGGGCUGGAUGAACAUAAGCUCCACAUGUAUCUUUCCGCUUUGCAGUCCUUGAUCCCCUCUCUCUUUGCAUUAGUGCUGCAGAAUGCACCUUUCUCCAGCAAAGCCAAGCUUCAUGGUGAAGUGCCACAGAUAGAAGUGACUAGGUUCCCUCGGCCUAUGUCGCCUCUUCAAGAUGUGUCUACUAUAAUUGGAAGUCGUGAGCAAUUGGCAGUGCUCCUACAACUUUAUGAUUACCAGCUGGAACACGAGGGUACAACAGGCUGGGAGACUUUACUGUGGGUUGUCAAUCAAUUGUUGCCACAACUUAUAGAAAUAGUUGGCAAAAUUAACGUUACUUCAACUGCCUGUGUCCAUGAAUUCUCCAGAUUUUUCUGGCGCCUUUGCCGGACAUUUGGCAAAAUUUUUACAAACACUAAGGUCAAACCUCAGUUCCAGGAGAUUUUAAGACUGUCUGAAGAAAACAUUGAUUCCUCAGCAGGAAAUGGUGUCCUCACUAAAGCUACUGUCCCUAUUUAUGCAACAGGAGUCCUUACGUGUUAUAUUCAGGAAGAAGACCGAAAACUAUUAGUGGGAUUCUUAGAAGAUGUAAUGACCCUGCUUUCAUUAUCGCAUGCUCCUCUUGAUAGUUUGAAGGCUUCUUUCGUGGAACUGGGUGCAAAUCCAGCCUACCAUGAGUUAUUAUUAACUGUUUUAUGGUAUGGUGUUGUCCAUACUUCAGCACUUGUGAGAUGUACCGCUGCUAGAAUGUUUGAGCUGACUCUUCGAGGCAUGAGUGAAGCGUUAGUUGACAAGCGGGUUGCUCCGGCCCUUGUUACCUUGUCCAGUGAUCCUGAAUUCUCUGUCAGGAUUGCCACAAUUCCGGCCUUUGGCACUAUUAUGGAAACGGUUAUUCAAAGAGAGUUGCUGGAAAGAGUGAAAAUGCAGUUGGCUUCUUUUCUGGAAGAUCCUCAGUACCAAGACCAGUAUUCUUUGCAUACAGAGAUCAUAAAAACAUUUGGUAGAGUUGGGCCUAAUGCAGAACCAAGAUUCCGAGAUGAGUUUGUUAUACCACACUUGCAUAAGUUAGCCUUGGUGAACAACUUACAAAUCGUGGACUCGAAAAGACUGGAUAUUGCCACCCAUCUUUUUGAAGCUUACAGUGCACUUUCCUGUUGUUUCAUUUCAGAGGAUUUAAUGGUUAAUCACUUUUUACCUGGUCUCAGAUGUUUACGGACCGACAUGGAGCAUCUUUCCCCAGAGCAUGAGGUUAUUUUAAGUUCCAUGAUAAAGGAAUGUGAACAAAAAGUUGAGAACAAGACCGUCCAAGAGCCUCAAGGCUCAAUGUCAAUUGCUGCAAGCUUAGUGAGUGAAGAUACAAAGACCAAGUUUUUGAACAAAAUGGGCCAGUUGACAACAUCAGGUGCCAUGUUGGCCAAUGUGUUUCAGAGAAAGAAGUAAAAGCAGGAAGGAAGCCCCCAGUAAACACUAAGAUGGACCUCAAGCAGACUGGUUCCUUGUACUUGAAGUACUUGCCUUUUUUAUUUUCUUGUUUUAUGUUCUUGCAUUAUAAUUUUAUCCUAACCUCCAAAGAUAUUUGCACUGCUUUUGAUUAUUGCUGUAUAUCUGUUAAUUUUGGAAUUAUAACUGUGGUAAUAGAAAGUUGAGUUUAUAGUCUGUACCGAGUCCCUCUUCUGUGUUUUUGUCUUUCAGAAUAAUUUUAUAUAU